AUGCCGCCUAUGCGCCUGCAACGCUUGUCGUGGCAGUUGACCUGCCUCUUGUUCGCUACCUCCGCCACGGCCACCAUCUCGCCCUCAAACACCUCGACUGCGCGUCCGGGCUGGGGGGAUGGCACUCUACCACUCGCCCGUGCCGACUCAAAUGGGCGCAAAAUUGCCAACGUCAUCCCCUUGACCCAGGAAGCAGUGAAUUCGGUCAAGGGCAACCUAUACUAUACAAAUUUCUCCAACGUCGCCAAUAUUACUGCUGACGAAAUCGCGUACAUCAGUUGCAACCCCAGCGACUACAACGGCUUCGACAAUGCCCAAUCCGUCCUCGAGCAGGCUUAUCAACAAGCCAACAUUUCGGCUGCCAUCCUUUACAGCACAGCCACCGACUAUUGCGAUUAUGACCAGAACGACUCUCAACAAAUGGUGCAGCAAUUCGCUGUCUAUUCCAUGACGAGCAAAACGGAUUCGGCUUUUGUACUCGACGCUACUGACGACCUGCCCGCACACAUGAAAUACUUCGUCCACGUUCAAGGCCGGUCCAAUGACGACAACGGCAAUGGAGGCGGCAACUCAAACCAGGCACAGAAUCCUUUAGGCCCCUCACCCUCGACUGCUGUCGCUAUGAUCAUUCUAUACAGCAUCACAGGUAUCAUCACGGCUCUAUUCCUUGUCAUCAUCAUCACUGGCGCGGUAAGAGCGCAUCGUCAUCCUGAGCGAUACGGACCCCGAAAUGUCCUUGGGCGACCUAGACAGAGCAGAGCAAGGGGACUUGGAAGAGCUAUUCUUGACACUAUUCCCAUUGUGAAAUUUGGCGAACGAGAGCAGACGAAGCCUACUGAUGUGGAAUUGGGACCGGCGGCUGGGGCGAGAGAUUUGAACGAAGCGAAUGCGACAAGCGACGGACACACAAACCUUCCAACGACCGCUGAUCCGCGCAGCCAAGCGCAGCCACUAGGUACGGAACAGGUGACAAGGGCGCUACAGGAAGCGAUCUCCGCGGAGAUUGAGCAACAUCAGUCAGGUAUAGCGCCUGCACAACCUGUUGUCGCGACCGCAUCCACGGGUACAGAGAACGCUUCGUCUGACGAAAGUCUGGGAUGCUCCAUUUGUACAGAGGAUUUUGAGAAGGGUCAAGAUCUUCGCGUUCUCCCAUGCAAUCAUAAGUUCCACCCAGAGUGUGUUGAUCCAUGGCUACUAAAUGUGUCUGGUACUUGUCCAUUAUGUCGUGUCGAUCUCCGACCCGUCGAUUCCCAUGAUUCUUCUGCCUCCCAUCGUCAGGAUCAACUUGCUCCACCUCUAAACCCCGAUGCCGAAACAUUGCAUCGCCGCCGCAGCGCAAUCCGUGACAUUUUGCUGUUCCGUCAUUUACCAAAUUCAUCAGCUGAAGAGCGAAUUGGCGCCUUAAGGCGCCUUAGAGAGCAGCGAAGAAACCAAAGUGGUGAUCUCGCUGGAGAGGGUACAAGUCCAAGUGUGGAAAACGUAGCCAACACAAGAGACAGGAGAAGUCGAAGAAUCAGCGCACGACUAACUGACGCUUUCGGGGCUCGAGCCCGAAGAGAGCAAGGGGAUGCAAGCCCCGCGCAGAGGAAUUCAGCUGUAGUGCCGCCGAUGGGCAAUACACCAACGCCGGGUAAUAAUGAGACGCACAAUACUUCUAACACAUAA